AUGUGGCGGGCUUUGGUUUUUUCUCUGCUUACAGUGCUUUCCAUAUGCUUAGCGGAUGACUGCGAGGAAUGGCAGCAUGGUGCAAGUUUCCUUCAGAGUGGGCAGUAUCUCCAGUCGCACAGCUCGGCCUCCGGCUUGAAACGAGGCUUCUUGGGAAAUCCGCACGAGUGGUGGGUACCAGCUGCCUGCGUGCUGGCGCCAUUCAUGUGCUUGGAACCCUUCGAUUGUCUCAACAACACGGGUCAGCUGAAAAGCCGCCAAGAAAAUGAAGCACAAAUGGCAGGUCCAAAUGGUGUCAAUGUUGCUUCUUGGUGCUAUUCUGACCCAUCCUACUACAACACUGCGGUCUUGCAGUGUUUGGUGAAGAAAGAUCUGCUGGCUUAUGCACAAACCAUGUUUGAAUACAGUGUCGCAAGGCACCCCUUGGAUGAAACCGAUGCGACCUAUUGUGCCUACAUGGGCUUUUGCCACAAUGACCAGGUCACUUUGAACACCACCUUGGACGAGGCCCAAGUCAUGUGCGACGAGCUCUUUCCAGUUCCCAACGGCUGGCGUAGUGCAGGCGCCCCCCCGUUACCCGGCAAGGAGUUCACUGCGGCAGACGCCAAGAACUACGCCAUGGCAGCCUGUGCCAUGGGGAAUUACCAGUGUGAUGUGAUCUACUGCCGUGAGACCUACUGUAAGAAAGAACAGUACCAGCAUAUUUUUGAAGAGGUGGCUUCGAAGUGA